AUGAAUGCGCAUCGGUGCCUGCCAGUGAUCGAUGGCAUGCCAUGCACACCGGUGCGCACUGGCAUGGCUGUCUAUCUUUCACUUCCUCCAUUGAGUAAACGUGUCGAUAUAAUCACAACCUCUGAAAUUCUCGCUCAACGUGAUGCCAAUGAAUUUGCACCAUUCUAUCAAAUGUUUAAUCUUUCCGUUGGACACAAUUGUUGUGAGACUCCGAAUUACAAUGUUCAUAUUGUCUACGGAACAGUCUCUCAUUUUGCUGGUGAUCUUCUACGUACCGAUUUUUAUUUGCAAACAGAAAUACGUGGUAAUCGACGUUAUGAGGCAGCCAUUGUUGACGAAGUCGACAGUAUGUUCAUUGAUCAACGUCAACACUACACACAAUUAGCAUCGCUGACACCCGGCUACAAAUCGUUGAAUGUUAUCUUGAGAUUCAUCUUUUCGUUCUUUCAAAAGUUUAAUAUUACUGAAAAGAAUGAAUUUGUCAUUCGACAAUCGAAUGGAUAUUUCAAAGUCGAUGCUCUGACCUUUAUUCGUAAAAAAAUGGCUGAUAGAGAACUUGUUCGAUAUUCGACCUAUCGUCAAAAGUAUAUAGAUGCUAAGUUGCCUAAAUGGAUAAAAGGUGCAAGAGAAGCACUCUACGAUCUAAUACUCAAUGUCAACUACGUUAUUAGUCAAGAUGGACGAAUUGUCGUCGUAGAUUAUGCAAACACAGGUGUGUCUCAUUUGAAUAUGCACUGGAGUGAUGGUAUUCAUCAAUUUCUUGAACUAAAACACAAUUUACGUAUGACACCCGAACGGAUGUGUGAUUCAUUCUUUUCCAAUGUUACUCUUUUCAAACGAUAUCAACCUCAUCUAUAUGGAGUAACAGGAACAUUGGGUGGCAAGCAUGCACGAAAUUUUAUUCGAUCCGUCUAUCAGCUCGAUGCUUUCAAUGGGCCCAAAUAUAUCGACAGUGUUUUCAAUACCUAUCCAAGUCAAUUCAGUAGAACUCGUACAGAAUGGUUGAAUAAGCUUCGAAUCGAAUGUCAUACGGUAGCUAUUACUAAUCAUCGAGCUGUUCUGAUUAUUUGUGAAACAAUUUGUGAAGCUGAAGAUAUUCAAUCGUCAUUACGUUCUCAACAUCCUAAUUUGAAAUCCUAUCUUCGAAGUGAUCUACCUGAACAUGUUAAACCUGAAGAAGUCCAUCUGGGUGAUGUGAUCGUUGCCACAAAUCUAGCCGGACGAGGAACUGAUUUGAAAACGAUGACAGCCGUCAAUGAUCGAGGUGGUCUACAUGUCAUUGUGACAUUUAUGCCGAGAAAUUCACGGAUCGAACAGCAAGCAUUUGGACGAGCCGGACGACAAGGUCAACCGGGUUCGGCUCGAUUAAUCGUUUACAGUAAACAUAUUGGUCUGUCAUUGGAAGGAAAAAUCGACGAGAAUCAAAUAAUCGGUAUUUGGAAAGACGUGCUAGAUCAACGUGAAGAAAGUAACAUGGCCGAAGGUGUGACAGAAGUUAAGCAAAUCGAGGCUAAAGAUCAUCUUCUCGUUCGAUUUCUCGAUCUAACCCAUUCGCAAAAGAGUAAUCUUCCGUUUGCUAAUGACAUGUUCAAACCAGGUUUCAGUUCACUUCGUGAAUCGUGGGCUUCGUUUUGUGAUGUAGAUGUGGCUACAGCCGAACAGGGUUAUCCAGAAUUUGAGGCAAAUAUUCAAAAGCAGCUCAAUACGUCAAUUGACAUUUUAAAUAAAUAUCCGCCCCUAAAUCCAAAUGAUUUGCUCGACCUUCAAUUUCAAGCAGUCAGUCAUCUAAUUGUUCAUCCAAAAUAUUUCAUCUACGCUGGUUUUCACGCCUUGUGUACGGAUGACUUAAGUGAUAAAAAAGGACAAGCAUUGAAAUUAUACGAACGCGCAUUACGAAUUGAUUCAGAAGACUUCAUUGCACAUUAUAAUACGGUACCGUGUCAUAUUGAAAAUAGUCAAGCAUCUAUCAAUCUGGCUAUACACGCAUUGGAUGAAGUACUUCGAUUGCUUCAUCUAGAAAUUGAAACACGCAAAUUGUUGGAAAUUUUUCAUGAUCCACCGACCUCAAACGACGGUGAAACAAAAGCGAAUGGACCCAUCGAUCAAACCAGUCUCGCCGAAUUGAUCUAUCUUCACAUCGUUCACUCAACUGUUGAGGAUAGCCGUAAACAGUUGACCGAAUUCGACGAAGAUAAACAUGAUAUAUCUUGUCAAUUUAAACAUUGGCCAGAGACAUUAGCCUGUUUAAAAGGCACAAAGUUUGAACCGUUAACAAACGAUAUUGAUGCGGAACGCGAAGAAUGGCUCGGUGAAGGAUUAAUGUGGCGGUACGUAUUUGUCAUUCAACUAAAACGAUGUUGGUGGAAAACUGUGUUUGUAUUUGUCAUGGGAGUGGCACAGAUUGUUGGUGGAGCAUACUUGUGCCUUAAAGGUCAAUUGCGAUUAGGUACAUCGUUGAUUCUCGAUGGAGCUCUGGAUGUUUAUAAAGCUGUUGCGACAAAAAUAACAGCCGAUUUCGAUCUGACCGGUUACUUUGAAGCUAAAGUGAUCAAAUAUGGCAAACAAUUAUUGGGCACUGGUGGACCUCUAUCCGGUUGUCUCGAUCCAGUUCUCUCAUUUGAACAAAUAAAAAUGGUCGGCGUCGCUGUUGAUGCUGUUCGUCAAAUUGCUGAAAACGGAUUCUCUGUGGAUACUCUAACACAACUCGCUCUCAGUGGAAUGACUAUUGCAGGUGUGGAUCAGAAAGCAAUUGAUUUCGUUCAAAAACUACCGGAACGAAUCGAAUGUGCAAAAGCCUUGCUCAACGGCGAUGUAAAUAUACUAUUGAAAUACGGCGGUUCGGUCGGCCUUCCCUUCAAAGCCAUUCAGCAGAUUGCUACAAACGGAUUUUCUGUAGAAACUGCUACUCAGCUCGCUGUCGAUGGAAUGGCUAUUGCAGGCGUUGAUCAGAAUACUAUCAAUGUAGUUAAACAACUACCGGAACGAAUCAAAGAUGCACAAGCAUUGGUCAGUGGCGAUAUAAAUCGAAUAUUGGAACGAGGCAUUUUGGCCGGUCUUCCUCUCAACAGUAUUCACUACAUGACUAGAAAUGGAGUUUCCCUGGAAAGUGCUACUCAACUAGCUCUCGAUGGUAUGGCUAUUGCAGAUGCCGAUCAGAAAGCAAUUAAUUUAGUUAAACAACUACCGGAACGAAUUAAAGAUGCACAAGCUUUGCUCAGUGGCGAUAUAAAUAAAAUGUUAGAACGAGGCGUUUCGGCCGGCCUUCCUCUUAAAGCUAUUCAACAGAUUGCCACAAAAGGAUUUUCUGCGGAAACUGCAACGCAACUCGCUCUGGAGGGUAUCACUUUGGCAGGCGUCGAUCUGAAUAGAGUUAAUUUUAUUAAAAAACUACCGGAACAAAUUAAAGAAGCACAAGCAUUGCUUAACGGUGAUAUAGAUCAAAUACUGGAACGAGACAUGUUGCCCGGCGUUCCUGACAAUGUUAUUCGUCAAAUUUUCACCAAUGGCGUUUCUAUUGAAACUGCUACACAACUCGCGCUUAAGGGAAUGAAUGCUGCGGGUGUGGAUCAGAAAGCCAUUGAUUUUGUUAAACAAUUACCGGAACGAAUGAAAGAUGCAGAAGCAUUGCUCAGUGGUGAUAUAGAUAUAAUGUUGAAGCGCGGCAUGUCGGCUGGCCUUCCUCUCAAUGCUGUUCAUCAGAUUGCCACAAAAGGAUUUUCUGCGGAAGCUGCUACACAACUCGCUCUGGAGGGUAUGGCUAUUGCAGGUGUCGAUUCAAAUAGAGUCAAUUUCGUGGGAAAGCUACCGGAACAAAUCAAAGAUGCGCAAGCAUUGCUCAGCGGCGAUUUUAAUGAAAUAUCUAAACGAGGCAUGUUGGCUAACGUUCCUGUCAAUGCUAUUCGUCAAAUUGCUGCAGAGGGUGCCUCUGUGAAAGCUGUUACGAAAAUUGCUCUCACGGGGAUGGAUAUCGCAGGCGUCAAUAAGACUACACUGGAUUUUGUUAAAAAACUACCCGAAGGAAUUAAAAAUGCAGAAGUAUUGCUCAACGAUGAUCUAGAAAAAAUGUUGAGACAAAACAUGUCACGCAGCGUGGAUCAAUUGUUGGGAAUGUUCACUGAGCAAUCAUUGUUCAACGGCAAAGAAAAAGAGAUGUUCCAACUUGUUCGUCGAAUGCCUAUGGUACAAGAUGUGAUCAACCGUAAUGGUCAAACUGUUCUUUCAGACGCUCUCAGUACGUUGGGUGAACAUGUCAGCAAUUUGCCAUUAACCGAUUUGCUUGACAUUGCUCUACCAACUGCUGUUCAACGUGUCGCUGACCGUGAAAACAAAGAUAUUCAUGAUCUUUUCAAGACAACUAUUGAUCAACUACAAUCAUCUAGUACAGGCUUCGACGAACAAACGGUUCGACUGAUAAACCAAAUUUUAAAAUCCUCCGACAAAUGGGCUACUUUCGAAACGAUCAAAACUCAAUUGGAUAUCAAUGUUCGUCAAUUACUCAGUCUGGUCAUUGAACGUGAAAGGCAAUUCAAGAAUGAUUGUGAUCGCUUGACUAACAAUAGUCAAGCGAUUGACGACUAUCGUCGAGCUUUCAAUGUCACCUUUGGUACGGCUCAAACGCGACGGGCUGAUUUGAAAAGAAAAAUUGAGCGAAAUGUGAAUUCGGACUGUUCAUUGCUGAAACGAGCAAUGAUUGACUUUGUUGAUGAAGUAAGCAAUCAAAGAAGUGGAACAAGAAGUCCGGAGGUGAUGAAGUUACUCAAAGAACAUUUCAACGAAAGUGUCGUACGACCCAUUGCAGAGAAGGCAUGCGAACGACAAAUGGAUGAAAAUGAUACUAAACUUGUUGACAAUUUUACCAAAGCAAUCACCUAUGUGCAGAAACAACAGCAACAAACUCAACGUUAA